UGUAUGUGUGUGCGCUCUUCCACACAUUGUUUUGGUCUGCAGUUUUGUACAGUAAAGCAACAGAGAGGGGCCGAGGUCAGAGUCUCCUUGCCAGCCUGCCAGUAGGUUCUAGCUGACACGUGAAGUUAGCGUCCAGCAGUCGUCAGUCUGUGACCUCGGGGGCUGGCUGAUGCAAACACCAGCUGAAAUCAGCCAUUUCCUAAAUGAACGUGAUGGAGCAUCAGCAGCGCUGGUGAUGACACAGAAGAUGUGGAGUUGGUGGCGUCAACCAGCUUCUGGGCGAAGCAGAGAAGAAGAGAGGAUGAGGAGGUUUCAGUGAAAGGAGAAAAGGCUGAUGGAUAGAUGAUGGAAGCUUUUUUUUGUUUUGUUUUUUGAGAAAAGUCCUGAGGGGAUGAGACAAGACUAAGAAGGUGCAAAAAGAGUACAAAGGGGGAAAAGAAAGGUUUUAUCAUAAAGACAAAAGAAAAGAAGUGAAGGAAAAAUACAUUUCUAUGAAAAAUCUAAAAAGAAAUUUACAAGACGGCAAGUGUUUCAAGAGUGAGAGGAAGAACGUAUUGUGGUGCAGCACGCGGCAGAGAGAGCUGUAAAAAUAGAGAGAUAUUGUAUGUGUGUCCUAACAAAGCAGAAAGUGCAAGAGAGGAGGUUGAGAAGAAAAUUAGAGGGAAGAGAAAACCUGCAUGGGGCAGGCUGGAAGAGGGAGGCAGAGUUGUAAACACAAGGGUUGGAACGGCGGCGAGGAGGAAAGUACAGAAUCGAUGCCACUUGAUGGAAAGCUGGAGAGCAGGCGAGUGGAUGUGCCAUGGGAUGGAGAGGAAAGUGAGAGAAGGAGAAAGAAAUAGAAGCAUGUCAUCAGCCACACCAUGAGGGCUUCAAAGAUUGAGGCUAAGGAGGCUUGUGAUUGGCUCAGAGCAGCGGGAUUUCCACAGUAUGCCCAGCUCUAUGAAGAUUCCCAGUUUCCAAUUGACAUUUCCUCAGUGAAAAGGGACCACGACUUUUUGGACCGGGAUCUGGUGGAGCCUCUAUGUCGACGUCUAAAUACUCUGAACAAGUGUGCCUCCAUGAAACUGGAUGUCAGCCACCCCAAGAAGAAAAGUGAAGACUCUGAUGAAGAUGACCCGUUGGCUAUCAGUAAGAGGUGGACGUUUGAAUGGAGCAGCCGACGCUGGUCUCGCCUGCAGGACUUCCUGUUGGACAGCACCAAUGAAAGCAGCCCGACAGGUCAGGGGGAGGGUCUGCUGCACAGCACAGUGAGCAGUGAGAGUGUGCUGACGGACCUGAGCGAGCAGGAGAUCACAGAAAUCUCCUCACUGCACAGCGAGGACUCCGCCUCUGCCAUGCCCGACUCCAUAUCUAUGGCAUCUCUCUCUGCGUCCUACCAACCACCCAGAGAUCUUCCUCACUACAACUCCCUGCCAAUCAAGAGCAGCCGACACGGGCAAGGGGGGCGGAGUAAAGCCAAAGAGUUUUUGCGUCGCAUGGAAAUAAUGCGCACUUGGGGGCCGUCGACGAGACGAAAAAGCUCAACUCGCAGGCCACCGCUGGUCAUCAGUGGGCCGGUGUUGCAGGGCGAGGAGCCUCACGCACUGCAGGUGCUCCAGUGUACUCCCAUCAGCCAACUAGAACAAAGCUCUCAACACAACCACCAAACUGAUGGUAACACUUCCUCUGUCUCCCCUACCAAUGACUGUAAAGACCAACCCACGGUGAGCCCAAGCAGCGAGACAGUGGCGCCCAGUGUGAAGGAGCCUGUGAGUACAAAACACCGCACUGCCAGCAAGAGAAGCAGCAUGUAUCUGGAGGAUAUGGAGCUGCUUUCUCAAGGUAAGAGGACUGAAGGACAGAGCCAGUUUGGCAGAAACCAGUUUCGCUCAUAUGAAAACCUACUCAUUCACGUCCCCAAAGACCACAAACCAGGCACCUUUCCAAAAGCUUUAUCCAUAGAGAGCCUGGCACCUUCUCCUGGUGACGGGAACAACGGCCCAAAGACUCAAAGUUCUCCAUCCAACAAUGGCCUGGGUGAGCCCUGGUCUGGUAAACCUCUGUCCAAGCCCCCCUGUCCUGGGGCUCCACGGGGCAGCAGGGUGAGUGUUUACGACAACGUCCCGGGCUCCCACCUGUAUGCCAGCACAGGAGACCUGCUGGACUUGGAGAAAGAGGACAAUCUGUUCCCGCACCUAGAUGACAUCAUCCAGCAUGUGAGCGGCUUGCAGCAAAUAGUGGACCACUGGAGCCGCAGUGUGCUGCCUGAGGGUGAGGCAGGGGAGGAGGAAGGGGAGGGCAGGACCACUCCCAGUGAAGGCGAGAGAGAUGGGGUCUCCUUGAACGACACAGAUUCGACCGGAACUAGUCGGGAGAGGCGGGACUCUGGAGUUGGGGCCUCGCUGACAAGACCACGUCUGCGAUGGCCCAGCUUCAGAACCUCUGAUCAUCUCAACCAGCCAGCGUCUUCACUGCAGAUCAGCAGCCAAUCAGCGGGCCAGCUCAGCCUGCUGCAGAAGUUCUCUCUGCUCCUCCUCACCGCCAUCAUGGAGAAAUACUCGAUGUCUAAUAAACAUGGCUGGACAUGGUCUGUGCCCAAGUUUAUGAAGCGCAUGAAGGUGCCAGACUACAAAGAGAAGAGUGUGUUUGGUGUUCCCCUCAUCAUCCAUGUCCAGCGCUGUGGUUUUCCGCUCCCUCUGUGUUUACAGCAGGCCCUCAGCCACCUCCGAACUCACUGUCUGGACCAGGUGGGAUUGUUCCGCAAAUCUGGUGUCAAAUCUCGUAUUCAGGCUCUGAGGCAGCAGUGCGAGCUGUCCCCAGACUACGUGAGCUACGAGGACCAGUCAGCGUACGACGUGGCCGACAUGGUCAAACAGUUCUUCAGAGAUCUGCCUGAGCCUCUUCUAACAAGCAAGCUGGGGGAAACCUUCCUGCAUAUUUACCAGUAUGUCCCAAAGGAGCAGAGGUUACAGGCCGUCAGAGCGGCCAUUUUGCUGAUGCCGGAUGAAAACAGGGAGGUCCUGCAGACUUUGCUCUGCUUCCUGCGUGAUGUCACUUCCUUGGUGGAAGAGAACCAGAUGACGCCUAUGAACCUGGCUGUUUGUCUGGGACCUUCGCUCUUCCACUUAAGCAUACUGAAGAACGAAACACUGUCACCAAGGUCAAUCCAAAAGAAGUACACCACGGGCCGCCCCGAUCAGAAAGACCUGAGUGAGAACCUGGCAGCCACCCAGGGCCUGGCACACAUGAUCACUGAGUGCCAGCGUCUCUUUCAGAUCCCAGAGGAGAUGGUGACCCAGUCUCGCAACUCCUACAUGGAGGCUGAGCUGAUGGUGCCCCCGCUGGACGAGCUUUGUAAGACUCACGAGGAGGAAGUGGAUGUGGACGAGGAGGAGGAGGAUGAGGAGGGAUCCUAUCAUGCACACAUAGAAAGGCUGGUCCAGAAUCUGCUGGAGGAGGCCAAAGAUAAGAGCAAAGGCUGGGUGUCUCGCUCAACUACUGAUCAUACAGAACUGGCAUUUAAAAAGGUGGGAGAUGGUAACCCUCUGAGGCGGUGGCGAGUGAGUGUUGAGGUGUCGGCAGCACCCAGCGAGGUGCUGCAGCGGCUCUUGAGAGAGCGCCGUCUGUGGCAGAGUGAACUGCAGCAGGAGAAAGUUCUGGAGACGCUGGACAAACAGACGGACGUGUACCAGUACUCCUGCCACAGCAUGGCACCUCAGCCCAGCUGUGACUAUGUGGUACUAAGAUCAUGGCGCACAGACCUGUGUAAAGGCUCCUGUGCGCUGGUGUGUGUGUCCGUCGAACAUGAUGACAGCCCACGCAUGGGGGCAGUGAGGGGGGUGGUGCUGGAGUCACAGUACCUCCUCGAGCCCUGUGGGACCGGGAGGACCAGGCUCACACACAUCUCCAGAGUGGACCUCAGGGGAAGAUCUCCAGAAUGGUACAACAAAGCAUUUGGUCACCUGUGUGUAAGUGAGGCCCAGAGGAUCCGCUCUUCUUUUCAGCUGCCAGAUCAGACGAGCACUGAGGCCAAGAUCUGAACCCCAGAAAUCAAUCUUUAUCUUGGGUCGCACUGUCAGAGCAGCUGAGCCUGAGAACCAGUAAUCCAGGAGGGGAGUCAUCCAGGCGGUGGACUUUAGUGUCUUUUCACGCUGCUGAGCCACACUGAGCUUUACUGUCCCGAGUUACAGUCAUUCCCACAGAAAAUGGGUAUUUUUGGUCUUUUUAUCCAGAGAUUCUGCAGAACAUCAUAUCACUACUUAUUUAUCUCAUAAGUUGUGAUUUUCUGUCCCAUUUUUUGCCCCACGGAUCAAUGUUGGUUUCCAUUUCAAAGUAUAAAAUAGCGAUUUUUUUUCUUUGAAUGUUCAUUAUUGCUUCAUAUAAUUGGCUCAUAACCAUUUGCAUUAUGGAGAGAAUGUGGUUGAUUGCUCUGGAUCAUUCUUCCAAAUCCUCAUCUACCAAUCCAAUAUCUUGUAAAAAAAAUAAUGACCUAAUAAAACAGCCAGCACCAGAGGGCGUGAUCAUUAGAUGGUUGCACUCUCUAUCAACUUAAUCUGAUAUUACUAUAACUGAUUUUAUAGUAUGUAAAAAUGCCAUGAAGGUUAUUCACACUUAAAAUAGAAUAUCCAUGUUUGUAAUGAUUACUUUAAGAAAUCUAUAAUCUUUUUAAAAUGUCACAUGGGCUGCUAGUGAAUAUAUACAACUAAUUUGAUUGAAAAUGCUCAUAACAAGUUGUCUUCACAAAUGAUUUAUUGAACAGACCUGAGAAAGCAGAACACAUUCACCCCUGAUUUGCUUUUAUCACAUCUAUUAGACAAUUAAACAUCCAGUGUGUAGGAUUAAGGGGGAUAAAUUGGCAGAAAUUGAAUAUAACAAGUAUUUUUUCUUUAUUGUAUAAUCACCUAUAUGAAUUGUCGCAUUUUUUUCCCCGUUACUUGAGAAUGAGCCAUUUAUCUCUACAUAGGGGGCGGUUCCUCAUCCACAAAAUCUGCCAUGUUUCUACAGUAGCCCAGAACAGACAAACCAAACACUGGCUACAGACGGGGCCAUUUCCAUUCUCGCUUGGGCCAUCUUAGUUAGUGACCCCCCCCGGCAACGAGCCAAACAGUGUUGGGAAAACACUGAUUUUUAAUGUGAAACUGCUUUAUACAGUGUUUUCAUCGGUUUAAAUCACCAGGUCAACUUUUU